ACCUCUUUCUAUCCAUUUUUCUUCUAACACAAUAUACGCAACCUUUCUUGUUUCACUAACAAGCAAGAAUACUCGCUGAGAAAAAAUCGAUAAAUCGCCAACUGAAUUUCGCCAAGGUCGAGAAACUCACUUUCGUCUGACUAGAGUGCUUUCCCGUCUGUUCCUCAACGUGGAGCCGAAUGCCGGGUGUGACGUCACAUGCGGCAACGCCUUCUCAAGAUCCAAUUGUCGGUCUCGGGUCAAUACAGCUGUACGAAUUAAUAUCAAAGAAUUUCCUCACUUUUCCAGAAAUUUCGAAUCUACUAUAUAUAUGAGGGAUGGACAAAGUGAUGCUCAUAAUUAGUUCGAAAGCAUCUUUCUGACUGCUCUCUUUAAUCCUGCAUUUAUUUUGAGCUCUACCUAGCUCAGCAAUACUUUUGAUCAAUUUUGACCUUCACAUUUGCUGUCUAUUGAUUUUGGAUUUGUGAUUCGAGUUAUCAUUUGCUGAAAAAGAAUUACAAUUGAUUGUAUUCAAUUUCUGAUUUAAAACAAAUUGAAAUUUUUCUCUGAGCAACUAUUUUGCAUUGAAAAUUUUUUGCACUUGAUUCGAAGCAUGGCCAAUAUGGAGGUACAAGUACAGAGCCCUAACACUCGCUACAAAGAAAAGUAUAUUGAAGCCGACUACAAAUACGAUUCUACCAUUGUUAAAAAAGAACAAGGUAUAUUGAAGGUUAUUCCAAGGACUACACGAAUCCAGUUCCGAACAUCCAGACAUGUGCCGAAGUUGGGAGUGAUGUUAGUCGGAUGGGGUGGAAAUAACGGCUCAACUGUAACCGCUUCCAUCCUUGCAAAUAAACACAACAUCACGUGGCGCACUAAGGAUGGAGUGCAAAAACCAAAUUACUACGGAUCUUUGAUACAAGCUGGAACAACAUGCUUGGGCACUUCUGAUACAUCGGGAGAAGUGUACAUUCCAUUCAAAGGCAUGCUUCCAUUAGUAAAUCCUAAUGACAUAGUUCUCGGAGGUUGGGACAUCUCCUCCAUGAACUUGGCUGAAAGCAUGGAACGAGCCAAAGUCUUGGACUAUGACUUACAGAGGCAACUAAAGCCAAUGAUGGAGGGCAUGAAGCCUUUAGCUGGUAUUUAUGACAAGGACUUCAUUGCUGCUAAUCAAGAAAUGAGAGCAGACAAUGUUAUUACUGGAACAAAAUGGCAACAAGUUGAAAAGAUACGCAAGGACAUUCGAGAGUUCAAAGAGAAGAACAAACUCGGUAAAGUUAUUGUCCUGUGGACUGCCAACACUGAGAGAUUCUGUGAUAUUAGAGCCGGUUUGAAUGACACGGCUGAUAACCUUUUGAAAUCUAUCAAAGAAAAUGCUUCGGAAGUAUUACCUUCCUCUUUGUAUGCCGUUGCCAGCAUACUUGAAGAAUGUGCCUACAUAAAUGGUUCUCCACAAAAUACCUUUGUUCCCGGACUUAUUGAGUUAGCGGAAAAAUACAACGUCAUGAUUGGAGGAGAUGAUUUCAAAUCUGGCCAAACAAAAUUCAAGAGUGUGUUGGUUGACUUCCUGAUUGGUGCUGGAAUCAAACCAGUGUCUCUCGUCAGCUAUAAUCACCUUGGCAACAAUGAUGGUAAAAAUCUAUCUGCUCCUCAGCAGUUCAGGUCAAAGGAAAUAUCAAAAAGCAAUGUGGUGGAUGACAUGGUGGCUUCAAAUUCUGUCCUCUAUGCUCCUGGUGAAAAGCCUGAUCAUUGUGUUGUAAUAAAAUAUGUACCAUAUGUCGGUGACAGCAAGCGUGCUCUUGAUGAAUACACUUCAGAGAUAAUGAUGAAUGGUAAGAAUACAAUCGUGGUGCACAACACCUGUGAAGAUUCUCUCCUGGCAUCACCUCUUAUUCUGGAUCUCGUCGUCCUCACUGAACUUUGCCAGCGAAUCUCCUUCCGUAUCCUGCGCAGCUCAGAGACGGCCUUCCAGCCAUUCAAUUCUGUCCUUUCCAUUCUCAGCUACCUCUGCAAAGCUCCUUUGGUACCAAGAGGAGCACCAGUUGUGAAUGCCUUGGCCAGGCAGAGAGUCUGCAUCGAGAACCUCUUCAGAGGUUGCUUAGGUUUGCCUCCUAUCAAUCAUCUGGACAUCGAGCACAAACUGAGUGAUCCUUCUGUUUGGUGCACAGAGCAGCCGGACAAGGUUGUGCAACCUGUGGAACCAGUGAAAUUGAAUUCUCUUCUGAAGACAAAGCACGAUGCAUUCCUGUCUAGUCGUCUUGGAGAAGAAAUUGUCAUGAAUGGUGUUCAUUAGCAUUUAGCUUUCAUAUAUUUGGUUAAGAAGAGUUGUAAAUAUGUAUGUGCCGGUGAUAUAAACGUCAGAGCUUUGAAAUAUGCUGCAAUCAAAUUAUUCGGUAACUUUUAAUGUUGAUAUUUUUAAACAAAAUUUUAAAAAGAAAAUUGUUAGAGAAGGAAAUAUUUUUCUCUGUACUGGACUGGCGUGAGAAUAUUCUUGGGAACAAAGAGACAUUAUUUAAAAAAAUCAUUCAUUCUAAGUAAAUCAAUUACAAGUGGAAAAUUGUUAGAAAACUACGGAAAACUUCAAUUUUUUGUUCCGUCAUUUUUUAAAGGCUAAGGAAUGAAUCUUUUUUUGUACACUGUCCAAAAUCUCUUUUUUUUUUAGUAAUUUAAUUAAAAUUAGUUUUUACAGAAACUCAUGUAGAAUCUAAUUGUUAAAUUCAGUGCAAUUCUGAGAGCAUUUGUACUUAUUUUAGUGUUAAGAAGAAACGUAACUUAUUGAGUUUUGUUCUUACUUACUGCACGUUGGACCUUGUUUUUUUUGUUGUUUUUUUUCGUUUCGUAAUUUGUUUUUCCUAUUUCAGCAUUGAAAAAAAUUUUUAUGCGAAAUCGUUUCAGUGCGUGUGUAAUAUCAUAAGUAUAUAAUCGAUAUGAUUUAUCAUAAACCCUUGUGCAAUAUCAUAAGCCCCGUUUCAUUACCAUUGUAGUAAACUCUCUUGGCAAUAUAUUCAUAGAAUUUGUUUUCAUCAUUCUGUUUGUAUUAUGUUAAUCACGUAUCACCAAAGAUGAAAAAAAUUCCUUUCAUUUUAAAUAAAGUUUUGUUCUAUUUUAAA